AUGCUCGAACUGAGACCUGCUCAUCAACGGGAUCCGAACCACCGGGACCGCAUCGGUCGCAGCAAGAAAGUGGUCACUACAUCAAUAGGCCCAGCCGCAGAAGAUGCGCCUAUCUGCACGGGCUGCCGAUCAGAGAAAGCUGCACCCCAAGUCACAUAUCUUUUAUCUUUUCCCUGUGAGGCCUUCUGCCGGGUUUUCGUGAGCAUGUUACGCACCGACGAAUUCUUUUUUAUCUCCGGUUUUUACUUUUUGUCCCCUAUCUUCGUCGUCUUCGGCGACUUGUACGACUACCCUGCUAUAUCCGUCAGCAAGGUAAGGCCGAGCAGCGAUUCUAGCCCUCCAGCCCGCGUCAAUAGGAUGACGUCGGCUGCGCAAUAUUACUGGCCUCCCAGCCCGCAUCUAACAGUAAUGAAACGCACGCGUAUGCGGCCGACGGCUCCCAAGACCAGAGUAUUGGGAUUACGCGUGUACGGGUUGCGACCCCUAUCAGCGGCUUUUGCAUACCUGAUAUGCUGCAUUUUUCUGCCGGUUAGAGAUUCCGAAGGAGCCCGCUUAGGGAUCGCUGAGACUGAGGUAUCCGCAUCCUGUCAUAGCCAGAAUACGCUCCACGACUUCCAAGGUAAAGCCAAAAACUACCGCCAGUACUAA